AUGGAAUAUGGAGAUAUAUUUAAAACCCACAUACUUGGCUGUCCUUGUGUUAUGCUAGCAAGCCCUGAGGCAGCAAAGUUUGUGCUGGUGACUCAUGCUCACUUGUUCAAACCCACAUACCCAACGAGCAAAGAGAAGAUGAUUGGUCCUUCAGCACUGUUUUUCCACCAAGGAGACUACCAUACUAACCUCCGGAAGCUGGUUCAGAGCUCACUAUCGCCUGAAGCAAUUCGAAAACUAAUUCCCGAUAUUGAAGCAUUAGUCGUUUCCUCCUUGGAAUCAUGGGCCAUCGGGCAAGUCAUCAACACCUUCCGUGAGAUGAAGAAGUUGUCUUUCGAGGUGGGCAUUCUCUCUAUCUUCAGUCACUUGGACAGCAAAUAUAGGGAAGAGCUGAAGGAGAACUACUGCACAGUAGUUAAGGGUUACAAUUCCUUUCCAACAAACCUUCCAGGAUCUGCAUAUCAAAAAGCUUUAACAGCGAGGAAAAGGCUUGGUGAGAUUCUGAGAGAGAUAAUUUGGGAGAGGAAGGAGAAGAAACUAUUGGAAAAGGAUUUGUUGGGUCAUCUACUCAACUUCAAGGAUUCAAAGGGGCAAACUUUAACCGAGGAUCAAAUCUCUGAUAACAUCAUUGGAGUACUGUUUGCUGCUCAAGAUACUACAGCUAGUGUCUUAACAUGGCUUCUCAAAUACCUCCAUGAUCACCCGAAACUUUUAGAGGCUGUUAAAGGUGAGCAAAAGGCAAUUUAUAAAAGAAAUGACAGAGGAAAUCGGCCAUUGACAUGGUCUCAGACUAGAAAUAUGCCACUGACACACAGGGUAAUAUUAGAAAGCUUGAGGAUGGCAAGCAUCAUAUCAUUCACAUUCAGGGAGGCUGUGGUCGAUGUAGAAUAUGAGGGAUACCUUAUUCCAAAAGGUUGGAAGGUGAUGCCAUUGUUCAGGAACAUUCACCACAAUCCUGAAUUCUUCAAUGACCCUCAAAGUUUUGAUCCGUCCAGGUUUGAGGUUGCUCCAAAACCCAAUACAUACAUGCCAUUUGGCAAUGGAGUGCAUGCUUGUCCAGGAAAUGAGCUUGCCAAAUUGGAGAUGCUUGUUUUAGUCCACCAUCUUGUCACCAAGUUUAGGUGGGAAGUUAUAGGUUGUCAAAGUAUGGUUCAAUAUAGCCCAUUCCCAGUCCCUCACAGUGGUCUCCCAGCUAGAUUUUGGAAUGAAUCCAAAAGCCUAGAAGUUUUACCGUAGUAGAAAGAUACAUUCCCAACUUAGAUUAAGUUUUCCAAAAUGUCACCAAACCCUAUGUUUUUUUUCUUAUGGGGUCUCUAUCUCCCUUUUAUUGUCUACUUUCAAUGGUAUCCUUGUGUGUAUUAGUAUUAUUUCUUUAUAAAAUGUGGACUUUGUAAGGACAAUUGUGCCUCAAUUUAUGUAGUUUAAAAACUUUGUUCCCU